AUGCGAACAUCUCGUGAACAAGAUCAUACCAUAAGGUUCUUGAGAGGAUUAAAUGAACAAUUCGCCCAGGCACGCUCCCAGAUUAUGAUGAUGGAGCCCAUGCCUAAUGUUGUCAAGGCAUUUUCUUUUGUGAUCCAACAAGAACGACAGUUUAGUUCCGAAGACAAUCACAAUCUUCCUCAAGCUCAGGCUGUUGUCAAUGAUCAGAUUUUUCGAAGAACUUAUCAUGAUAACAGCAGAAGAGGUCGUACUUUUAGAGGACGUGGCGAAGGCCGUAGCUAUGCUGGAAGCUAUGGUGGAAGAAACUUCAGUAAACUGUGUACUCACUGCCAUAGAACCAAUCACACCAUUGAAACGUGUUAUCUUUUACACGAUUUUCCCCCUGGCUACAGAAAGAACAUGGCAAACAAUGUGUCCACUCAUUCAGAAGCUCCAUUCAAUCCUCAAGCUCCUCCUAACAUCAACAUGAUCCAAGAUCAGUACCAACAAAUCUUGAGUUUGUUGCAGAAACCAACUCCUCCUGAUGCAGCUGCUCAUAAUGCUAAUGCAGUCCUUGUCUCCAACUCCAUUGCUGAUAAUAUGCAACCAGGUAUCGGUAUCAUUGAAUGGAUUAUCGAUACAGCUUGUAUUUUUGGUACUAUACACAUUUCUCCCACACUCACCAUCAACAAUGUCCUCUAUAAAACGUCCAAUUACCAGACGCUGAUUGGUUCUGCUGAGCAGCGUGGAGGAUUGUACGUGGUUGAAAGUAAAGAUGUAACAGCUCACACACGUUCUCUGGAUGUAUCUCGUUUGAAUGUAACCUCUAGUUGUAUACCUUUCUGUAGUAACAUUUCCCAGCUUACCAAUAAGGCAUCUAAUGCAAGUGUUAUGUAA